AUGGCCAAACAAAAUUCUUCAUCACUAGUAGAAGUUGUAAGACAAGUUGCAGAGCAGCAGCAUUCACAAGCGUCAGAGAUAGAAAAAAGCAAAGCAGUUCUUUUCCAGUUGCAGGCAAAGUUUCAGGAACUAGAAAAACAAAUGAAUUCUAUUCUGUUAGAAGCUAAGACAACAGAAAGGGAAAUACAUCUGCAAGAUGAUGCCAUAGAACUGACAAAGUACCACUGUGAAAAUCUGGAGGCCCAAGUCAGAGCCCUGUAUUCUGAAAAUUUAAAUCUGAGGCUUGAUGCAGAAACAGUACAAGAAGAGUUUGAGGUGAUACUUGCAAGAAAUAAUGAAUAUCGGGAAAAAAUAAAGGAUCAUAAAAAUCUCUUUUGUGAGAUGGAUAGUAAAAUGCCAGUUAUGAUUGAGCUUGCUGAAAAGAAAGCUGUUGUUGAAAAAUUAAAGACAAAGAAGGAGGAGUUAAUGCAGGAUCUCCAGAAUCCAGAAGGAUCUGUUAUAAAACAAAUACAGGAAGAAAUUACACUUUUAAAAAAUGAAAUCACUACAUUGAAAGAUUUCAUCAGUAAAAAAACAGAUUUGCUGGAAGAAGAGAAAAAAAAGCAUGCUAAGCUUAGAAAAGAAAUUGAGGUACAGAAUAAAAGAUACGAUGCUAUUCUGAAACGUUUGCAUUGCCAACUGUACAAAGUCCAUUCAAAUAAAAGACAAUGGCACUGGAACAUUCAGCAGUUGGAGAAGAAGGCAGAAGAACUAAGAAAGUGUCUUGGAGUAGUGGAGUUACAAACUGUCUAA